UAUUAUUCAAUAAAAUAAUAUAUUUAUCAUUUAAAAAAUUUAUUUUUCUGAAUAUUCGUAAAUACUUUUUUAAAAAUUUUAUUAAGGAACGAAGGGAGCAGUAGAUACUUCCUAACAAGACAAAAAGGCUACCAAAAAUAUCUUAAAUCCCCACUAGCCACUAGGAUAGAUAGACGAAAGUAUACACAUACACCAAUAACAUGGAACACCACCCAUUUAGCUUUGGAUAAACCUGCAAAAUAUUGCAAACAUAAGCACAAAACAUUCGAGUGCUUGAUCUAAACAAGAAAAUGAACACAUUAUUCAUCUUGCAUCAACCCAUUUGCAUCAAAAACCCAUCAUUGUAUAAUAAAAAAAACCGACCAUUCAACCCCACAACAUUAAACAACCACCUACCAUUCUCUAUAACCUCAUGGAAACUCCAGGCUGAAGCCAAAGGAUUUGGGGGCGACGGGUCGAAACCUUCACAGAAAAAGACCAAUAAUGCACCAAAAAAUAGCACAAGCCAAGAACAAGAAGAGGAAGAUGAUGAUAAAAUUCCGGAAGUCGUUUUCGACAGGAUGAUAAGAAGGAUUGUUGUUUCAGUAGGAUUGCCUAUGGCAAUUGGGGUUGUAUUGCUUAAAUUGUUUGAUAUGUUGAAGGAAAAACAAGUGUGGGAUGUUCCUUUGUGGGUCCCAUUUGUAACAACAUUUGUGUUUUUUGGAAGUUCUGUUCUUGGAGUUGUUUAUGGAUCAUUGUCUACAAGUUGGGAUGCUGAUAAGAAAGGUUCAUUGCUUGGUUUUGAAGAAGCUAAGGAGAAUUGGGAUGAGAUGUGGAAAGAGGAAGGGAAUUAGAAUUGAGGGAAAUUUAUAAUUUUGUACAAUUUUUGUUGAAUUAUUAGUCCCGAAUCUAGAAAAUUAGUAUAAGAUUGCUGAAUAUUCAACUCGAUAUGUAUAAAAAACCAACUCGGUGGUUAAUUUUCUAUGUUAUGCGAUACACAAUUCAAUUAUUAA